GGGGGACAUUGUGCAGGCUGCACAGCUCCAGCAGCUGUGUGAACUCUUCUGACUGCAGGACCAUAGGGAGGUCACCUGGACGCGUCGGAGGCGGGAAAUGGAGACUCUGACCUUUGAGGAUGUUGCCGUGACCUUCACCCUUGAAGAAUGGAGCUGUUUGGAUCUUUCCCAAAAGAAGCUCUACAGAGAAGUGAUGCUAGAAACCUAUAGAAACCUGUCCUACAUAGAAGAAAAUGAAAACAUUGAAAAGGACUUCAGGAAUCCCAGAAGAAAUAUGAGCCCUGAAGUAUUGGCAAGACUGCAUGAACAUAAACAAUGUAUUCAAUGUGGAGAAUCCCUUCAACAGACUCCAGAGAACAUUGUAAGCAAGGUGUAUAGUCAAGCCAAUAACCUUCAAACUCAUGAAAGAACUCACAGUGGAGAAAAACCCUAUGGAUGCAAUGAAUGUGGGAAAGCCUAUGCUGAUUCAAGUACCCUUUAUAUUCAUGAAAGAACUCACACUGGAGAGAAACCCUAUGAAUGUAAGCAGUAUGAUAAAGCCUACAUUUUUUCCAGUUCCCUUCAUAGUAAUGAAAGAACUCACACUGGAGAGAAACUAUAUGGAUGUAACAAAUGUGGGAAAUUCUUCAGUCGUGUGAGUAACCUUCGAGAUCAUGAAAGAAUUCACAGUGGAGAAAAACCAUAUGGAUGUAAACAAUGUGGGAAAGUCUUUGCUCAGGCCCGUUAUCUUCGAGUACAUGAAAGAAUUCACACUGGAGAGAAACCUUAUGGAUGUAAGCAAUGUGGGAGAGCCUACACUGCUCCAAGUGCCCUUCGAUGUCAUGAAAGAACUCACACUGGAGAGAAACCCUAUGAAUGUAAGCAAUGUGGGAAAGCCUACACUUUAUCCAGUACCCUUCGUAUUCAUGAAAGAACUCACACUGGAGAGAAACCAUAUGGAUGUAACAAAUGUGGGAAAUUCUUCACUCGUUUGUGUAACCUUCGAUAUCAUGAAAGAACUCACAGUGGAGAAAAGCCAUAUGGAUGUAAACAAUGUGGGAAAGUCUUUGCUCAAGCCCGUUAUCUUCGAAUACAUGAAAGAAUUCACACUGGAGAGAAACCUUAUGGAUGUAAGCAAUGUGGGAAAGCCUACACUGAUUCAAGUGCCCUUCGAUACCAUGAAAGAAGUCACUCUGGAGAGAAACCCUAUGAAUGUAAGCAAUGUGGCAAAGCCUACACUUUUUUCAGUACCCUUCGUAUUCAUAAAAGAACUCACACUGGAGAGAAACGCCAUGGAUGUAAGUAAUGUGAGAAAGUGUACAAUGAUUCUGGUACCCCUUGUGUUCAUGAAAGAACUCACUGGAGAGAAACCCUAUGAAUGUAAACUGUGGGAAAGCCUUCACUCAGCACACUCACCUUCAUGCACUUAGAAGAACUCACAUAGAAGUGAAACCUUAUAGAUCAAUACAAUGUGAGGAUGUGUUCACUUAUUCCGGUCACCUUUGAUCCCUGAAAGAACUCAAACUGAAGACAAACAUUAUGGGUGUAACCAAGGUAGCCAAAGUGUUCACAUGCCCCAUUACCUUAAAAGACAUAAAGGUACUUAGACUAGAGAAAAAAACCUAUGGGUAUGAGCAAUUUCCGGUGACACUAGUAAAUGUGAGCUCACUCAUUAGUAAAUGUAAGGAAUGAGAGAAAGCCUACACUCUAUCCAGUAUCCAUCAUACUCAUCAAAGAACACAAACAAGACAAACCCAGUGGUUGUAAGCAAUGUGGAAAACCUUCCUUAGUUCUAGUACCCUUCAUGCACCUGAAAGAACUCAUGAUGUAAGUAAACACUAGGGUCAUGUCAAACAUGAUAAAACAUUCACAAAUCCCAGUCUUCUUGAACAAUAUGAAUGAACUCAGAAACACUGUCAAUGUAAGUAAGGUAGAAAUGCCUUCACCUUUUGCAGUAAUCUUUGACAUGACACAAUUCACAUUGUAGCACAAUGCUAUACAUGUGUGUCAUGUGGCUAACUCCUCACACAUUCCAGUGCUCCUUCAAAACAUAAAAAAUUAAAAUGGAGAAUAUUGUAUUAGGAAAGUCUUCACUCAUUUCCAUGAUCUCAAACAUGAAAGUCCUCACACUAGAGAGAAAAUCUGUAGGAGUAAGAAAUCAACCUGUCUGUACUGAUUCUAUUCACCAUGAAACAAGUGAAAUAAUACUAUGUGUG